AUGUCCGAGCUACCGUCCAAUCAAACCGCCAUCGUCGCUCUCGAUGAUGGUACACUCGGCCUACGCAACGAUGUCCAAAUGCCCUCCCUAGAAGACGACAUGAUCCUAGUGAGGAACGCCUUCGUCGCCCUAAACCCAAUCGACACCAAAAUGGUCGGCAAGCUCGCAAGUCCCGGCGCAAUCGCCGGAAUGGAUUUCGCAGGCGAAGUCAUCUCCAUUGGGUCCAAAGUCCAAACCGCCGCGCCCAUCAAGCCGGGCGACCGAAUCUGCGGCGCAGUGCCGGGGAUGCACUCUCUCACUCCUGCGGUAGGCGCGUUUGCGCAGUAUGUUGGCGCGACGGAUCUUACUACCAUGAAGGUCCCGGAUUAUAUGUCGCUUGAAGAAGCGGUAACCCUGGGAAGUGGGAUUGGGACUAUUGGGCUUGCGCUGUUUAAGUCGCUGGAUGUUCCUGGUUCGCCUUGGUUGCCGGCUGACAAACCGGUGGAUGUGCUGGUGUAUGGUGGGAGCACUGCGACUGGGACUCUGGCUAUUCAGUUGCUUAAACUAUCGGGCCUGAAUCCCAUAACAACCUGCUCACCGACCAACUUCGACCUCGUGAAAUCCUACGGCGCCACUGCAGUCUUCGACUACCGCCAGGAGACAUGUGCAGACGAUAUCCGCAAGCACACUCGAAACUCACUCAAGUUCGUCCUCGACUGCAUUUCCGAGCCAGAGACAAUGCAGUUCUGCUACAAAUGCCUCGGCCGGUCGGGGGGGAAAUACACCGCAUUGGAACCCUACCCUGAGUUCCUGCAUACCCGGCCGAAGACGGUUGUGCCAGAUUGGGUGCUUGGUCCGACGCUGCUUGGGAAAAGGCUUGGAUGGCCAGAGCCGUUUGGUGGGGAGGGGAACGAGGAGUAUAGGAAGUUUGGGUUCCAGUGGUUUAAGCUGGUGCAGGAGUUGCUGGAUCAAGGGAAGUUGAAGUCACAUCCGCAUAAGAUAGUAGGGGACAGUCUUGGGGAGACGUUGUGCGGUCUUGGGCUUCUUAAGGAGAAGAAAGUCUCUGGUCAGAAGCUUGUGUGUCGCGUUUGA